CAGUCGAACACUCUAAAGGCGGUGCCUGUGCUUCUGGGUGGGUGGUGCUGAGGACACGAGGGCGGUUUUCUGCUUUUUGAGUUAGCUCGGCCCCCAGCUGAAGGGCUAACUCCUGUUUCCAGUGACUUUAAACAUGAAUGGGUGUUGGAUUUUGUCAAAUGCUUUUUCAGCAUCUAAGGAGAUGAUCAAGAAGGACCCUGGCUGUGAAGAUGUCUGACAAGAACCAGAUCGUUGCCAGGGCUUCCCUGGUUGAGCAGCUGUUGUCUAAAAGGUAUUUUGAGGAUACUGGCAAACAGCUUACUGAGCUAGAAAUAAUUUAUGUGUCUAAGGAACAUCUCCAGGAGAAAGAUGUAGUCAGAGCUGUUUACAGACUCUCAGUGGCUUUGAGAAAGAAGACCAAGUUUCUGCUUGCAAAGUGGAGAACCUUCUAUAAGAGUACACACUUCAAAACAAAGAGAAACCUUAAAUUACUCCAUACAAAUGUUAAUAAAGGAGAAAGUGCAGCAGUUUUUCAGUAUAUGAGCCAGGAUGAGAUAUUCAGUCUCUGCAGUUCUCUUUCUAAGCUGUCAUCCCAAGAUGUUGCAGAGUCAGCUACAGCAAUUGGGUCUGAAAGUAGCACUACUCAAAAUUGAAAAUAAUAAAUAUUGGGGUGGGGUGAUGACUCUGAGUCCAAGAGUAGCUCAUGUGUGUUACGGGAUUGCUUAAUGUCUGUGAGAUCUAAAUGCCUAGAGCUUCUUUACACAACAUUAGCUAGUCCUUCCACAGAUCACACAAAAGUUCAUUUGUGGCAGAACUUUGCAAGAGAAAUUGAAGAGCACAUUUUUACCCUUCAUUCAAACAACAAAAAAUAUAAAACUUGUAUUCAAAGCAAAAUUGUCAAUUUGAACAACUCCAGAAAUUCUCAUUUACAACAAAACUUGCUCUCUGGAACCAUGUCUGCAAAAUUUAGUGAAAUGACUGUCCUGGACAUGGCAAACCAAGAGUUGAAGCAGUUGAAGGCAUCCUACACAGAAUCCAGAAUUCAAGAACAUCGCCUUCCCCAAACAAUUGGUGGUACACUGACAAAUACAAUAAAGUGAGGGCACUGUGAGAAAUGCAACAGCACUCUCAUUGUAAUUGCCAUAGGAACACUUUUCCUUCCAGGUUGGGUGCAGAAUUCAAACCCACAUGAACAAAAGACCUAUGUCAUUUGUAAUGAAUGUAGAGAGCAGUGGUACCAUAACAACUGGAUGUGCUUGUAAUUUGUAAAUAAUUCUUUCAAGGGCAUAUGUUUUAUAUGUAUAACAUUAACAUAACCCUUUUGUGCUCAUUUUUUAUAAACUUUUUUUCUAUUUUUGAUUUUUUAAAUUUAUUCGUUGAUUUAUUAAUUUCAGUUUAUUCACUUUGUAUCCCAGCUGUAUUUCCCUCCUUAGACCCCUCCCAGUACCACUCUCCCUCCCUCAUCUCCUCCCAUGCCCCUCCCAAGUUCACUGAUAGGCUGAGGUCCUCCUCCCCCUUACCUCUAACCCUAGCCUAUCAGGUCUCAUCAGGACUGGCUGCAUUCUCUUCCUCUGUGGCCUUAUAAGGCUGAUCCCCCCUCAGGGGGAUGUGAUCAAAGAGCCAGCCACUGAAUUCACUUCAGAGACGGUCCCUGUUUCCAUUACUAGGGAACCCACUCGGAGACUUAGCUGCCAUGGGCUACAUCUGUACAGGGGGUCAGGUUAUCUCCAUGCAUGGUCCUUGGUUGGAGUAUCAGUCUCAGAAAAGACCCCUGUGCCCAGAUGUUUUGGUUCUGUUGUUCUCCUUGUGGACCUCCUGUCCCCUCCUGGUCUUUCUGUGUCCCCCUACUUUCAUAAGCUUCCCUGUACUCUGCCCAAAGUUUGGCUAUGAGUCUCAGUAUGUACUUUUAUUCCUUGCUGGGUAGAAUCUUUCAGAGGCCCUCUGUGGUAGGCUCCUGUCCUCUUCCCUGUUUUCUCCCUCUUCUGAUGUCAAUCCUGUUUGCCUUUCUGAGUGAGGGUCCUUUAGGGUCCUCCUUCUUGCUUAGCUUCUUUGGGUGUACAGAUUUUGGUAUGUUUAUCCUAUAUUAUAUGUCUAAUAUCAACUUAUAAGUGAGUAUAUACCAUGUGUGUCUUUCUGCUUCAGGGAUACCUCACUCAGGAUAAUCUUUUCUAGUCCCCACCAUUUGCAUGUAAAUUUCAUAAUUUUCUUGUUUUUAAUUGCUGAGUAAUAUUCCACUGUGUAAAUGUACCACAAUUUCUGUAUACUUGCCUCAGUUGAGGGACACCUUGGUUGUUUCCUGAUUCUGGCUAUUACGAAUAAAGUUGCUAUGAACAUGGUUGAGCAAAUGUCCUUGUUGUAUACUUGAACAUAUUUACAAAAUUUUACUAUUAGUUUUGUCUUUGGGAUUUUGACUUGUGAAAGAUAUCACUAGAUAGCCAAAGCUGGCCUCAGUCCCAUGAAUGCUGGGAUUACAUGUGUACACCACUACAACUGGCUUCAUAUACUGUUUUUAUUACAGUCCUAAGAAUAAAGAGAGAGAGUUGUUUGCCAAAGUACAGGCCACGAAUAGUAGAAGUUUUUUGGGAAGAGUAGAAGACUUCCACAUUGUACUUCGUGGUCCUUUAGGACUUUCCUCAGAGUGACACUGUAGCUCCACACAGCCUGAGAUGAUGUUAAAGAUGCAGACUCUGGCUGGAUGCUCCUGGAGUCCUGAUCUGCAUUUUGGUAGGAUCCCCAUGUGAUCCUCUGGGAUAUUUUUAGAAUCACUGACAAAGCACCAGGCCUGUGGUUCUCAGGAGUGACUAUAUUAGGAUUUUCUGGGAACAUUAAAAUGUGCUUGUUCCAAGGACCAAGUCUAGGACAAUUCAGUCUGAACCUAUAUCAUGGGACCCAGGAAUCAACAUUUCUGGUAAUUUCUCAGCUGGCUUUAAGGUGAAGUUAAGAAUUAAGAACUACCUGUUAAGUAGUCUCUCAUUUGAGCCUGAAGAAAUUAAUGUUAUUCUGGAGACUUUACAGAUGAGGAAAGAGGCCCACAGAGCUGCAGUGACUCGCCCAGGUUAUACAACUAUAAGUAGUCUGCCUCACACUGAUUCCUGACUUGUUAACUUUCUUCUGAAACAAGUGUGAUGGCACAUCCCUGUAAUCCAAAUGCUAGGGAAGAUGAAACAAGAGGAUUCAUGUGAGUUCAGGGCCAGUUUGGAUUGCAAAGUCCCUGUUUCAAAAAACAAACAAACAAACAAACAAACAAGCUAAAAGUGUAUUGUGUUUCAAGCCUGUAAUCCUAGCAUUAGGAAUGCUGAGCAGAAUCCCACGGUUGAGGCCAGCCUGGGUUUUACAGAGAAAUACUGCCAAGAUAUAAAAGAUUAAUUUGAGAACGACUUAAUAUUGACUUUUGCAAAAAGUGUGCUGUUGGAAAUGGGUGCUAAGCAAACAGUUGUUGACAUCUCUAAGCUUAUGUAACUAGUUUUAUUCUUUUUGUCCUUAAUUUUUUUCUCAUUUUUCAAGUAUCCUCGGCUGUGGAAAAUUGAACUGUAAGUUAGAUUUUGGCCCAAGAGCCUGCUUCCUUAGUUGAAUGAAUUCUGUAUUUUUUGAGCACUUAAUAAAGUCUUUAUGAUAUAUAUAGUUUCGUGAUGUUAGCAAUCUGCAUGCCUUCAAAGGUAUGUCUGUUAGGUUUGAAAUUCAAAUUCUGCUUAUAUGAAAUGGCACUAGUUGUUAGAGGAAGUUUACUCCUUCAACCUCAACAUUUAUUUACCUGCUAACUGAAGAGGAUAUCACUUCUCUAAGGCCUUUGCAAACAGUGUUUACUGAUUUGUAUGCUUAAA